CUUGAGGAAAAGGGUAUCAUAUCAAAACUUGAAGUAGUGCAAGUGCAAUAUAUAUAAAUAUAUAUAUUUGUAUCUUUUGCCACACUAAAAACUAGAGAUUAUUUCUGGUUUGAAAAAGAUGGCAAUUGGGGAAUGCAUAGAUGUUGAGAAUGGUGAGAUUAUUAGGAAUAAUAAUAGUCUUGAAGAUUUAGAACAACCAUUCAUUAAGCAAGUCAAGAUUGUUGCCUAUGAAGAUGAAGAAAGUGAAGGGGGAAGUAGUUCUGUCGAUGAAAGUGGCUCCGUUGGGGUGGUUUUGCUCAGCACUUUCGUUGCUGUGUGUGGAUCUUUCGAGUUCGGAUCAUGUGUGGGUUUCUCAGCUCCCACUCAAUCUGCUAUCAGGGAAAAUCUAAAUCUCUCCUUAGCCCAGUAUUCCUUGUUUGGUUCUAUAGUAACAAUUGGUGCGAUGGUGGGGGCCAUAACAAGUGGCCGGAUUUCAGAUUUCAUUGGCCGGAAAGGAGCAAUGAGAAUAUCAGCUGGUUUUUGCAUCACUGGAUGGUUAGCUGUCUACUUAGCCAAGGGAGCUAUGUCCCUUGACAUGGGAAGACUAUUCACAGGAUAUGGCAUUGGAAUUUUCUCUUAUGUGGUCCCAAUAUAUAUAGCAGAGAUAUCACCCAAGCAUCUCCGUGGAGGUCUUACAACACUAAAUCAGCUCAUGAUUGUUCUUGGAGGAUCACUUGCCUUUAUCAUAGGGACAACUAUAAGUUGGAGAUCAUUAGCUCUAACUGGACUUGUUCCAUGCAUUGUCUUACUGGUUGGUCUACAUUUUGUUCCUGAGUCCCCUAGAUGGCUGGCUAAGGCUGGCCAUGAGAAAGAGUUUCAAGCUGCCCUGCAGAGACUUCGAGGCAAAGGCGCUGAUAUCACAAGUGAAGCUGCUGAAAUCCAAGUAUAUAUUGAAACACUUCAGAGUCUUCCAAAAGCCAGCAUAAUAGACUUGUUUCAAAGCAAGUAUAUUCGUUCUGUUGUUAUUGGAGUUGGAUUAAUGAUUUUCCAACAAUUCGGAGGCAUUAAUGGAAUUGGAUUCUAUGUUAGUGAAACCUUUACAGAAGCUGGACUUUCAGGCAACACUGGAACCAUUGCCUAUGCUUGUGUUCAGGUUCCAAUAACUAUAAUGGGAGCAAUUUUGAUGGACAGGACUGGAAGAAGGCCACUCAUUAUGGUGUCAGCAACUGGAACAUUUCUAGGCUGUUUUAUGGCAGGAGCUUCUUUCUUACUCAAGGAUCAAGGAUUGCUGCUUGAAUGGGCACCCCUAAUAGCUGUUGCUGGAGUAUUGAUUUUUAUAGCCUCUUUCUCAAUCGGAAUGGGGGCGGUCCCUUGGGUGAUAAUGUCUGAGAUCUUCCCAAUUCAUGUGAAGGGAGUAGCUGGGAGCAUGGUGGUGAUGGUGAACUGGUUAGGAGCUUGGGCAAUAUCCUAUACAUACAACUUCUUUAUGAGCUGGAGUGCCUAUGGAACUUAUUUCAUCUACUCUGGGUUUUCUCUCUUGGCUGUUCUAUUUGUGGCCAUUUUAGUCCCAGAGACCAAGGGCAAAACACUUGAGGAGAUUCAGGUUUGCAUCAAUGCAGACAGAAGAAAAAACCAAGUUUUGAACUGAUCAUGAUACCAAAAAGCUUGGAAAUAAUUUUGAUAUGGAUUCUGGCCCAAGUAUCCUCUCCCAUUGAUUUGGUGGUGAAAAAUUUGAUGUGGGCGAUUCUUAGUUUACCACAUUAAAGUAUAUAACUGUCAAGAGAGAUUGUUAGGCCUAAAGAGUAAUAAAGUGGGGAUCAUUCCUCUUAAAGAGAAGGAAGUAAUACAUCAUUACUUAUAGAAGAGCAUGAGUACUUCAAGUUGUUAUUAGUCAUCGUUAUCAUUAUUUUCAUGUAGAAUUUAAGUGGUAGAAAAUGAUGGAAGCAAAUUUAUUCAAUGUAGAGAAGAAGAUUUUCUUCUUUUGAUUGUGCUAAUCGAAGCUCCAUGUAUCAUUGUUGAAUAAAUCACGAGUCACCAAAAUAUGAUAUUCUUCA